AUGCCGCCCAUAAGGACAAGACGCAGAGGAGAGAAGAGCAAAAAACAGGUCGGAGGAGAGGCCCAGCCCCAGGUUCAGGAUGAUUGGUUGGCGACACAACAAGCACCGAGGCACUACCAUUUCAAUGGAGUAGCUUUCUUCCCAUGUUCAGAAUGGGUGAAUUCAAGAGCAAUACAGCUCUACACAGACAGUGCAGGAGCUAUUGGUUUUGGUUUGGGGAAGAUUCCGACAACUUGCUCCAACAGCAAACCAGGUCCCAGAUCCCAUUCCAUCCACAUUUCACAGUCUGAUGUCCAGGGGGAAGUUUCUCGACUAUUGAUUGCAUCCAAUUCCUACAAUACUACAGUAACCUAUAAAACAGGGAUCAUAGCAUUCCACAAGUUUAGAAAUAUGUCAAAUGAAAAAAUUAUCUGGCCUCCUCCUGUGGAGCAGAUAGUUAACUUUAUCGCUUACCUAUCACUUAAUGGCUAUGCAGAGUCUACGGCUAGAGCCUAUGUAGGGGCUAUUGGCUAUGAAUGCAAGAUAAAUGGAUUCGAAGACUCAACUAAUAGGUUUAUUGUUUCUAAAGUGUUGGAGGGUUUCAAGCGUCUCAAUUCUAGGGUUGAUACAAGGUUGCCAAUUACAGAAAAAAUUUUGGCGAGAUUAACGGGGGCAUUGAGCAGUGUGUGCUCAAGUUUUUAUGAAGCUAAAUUAUUCACAGCAGCAUAUACAUUAGCAUUUUUUGCCUUUCUGAGGGUGGGAGAAUUAGCUAUAUCUAAGGGCAACAACUCUCAAACCAUUUUGGGAAUUGGUGAUGUGAACAUACAAAAUAAUCAACUGACAUUGUGUAUAAGGUGCUCUAAAACUGAUCAGUUGGGAAAGGGGGUAAAAGUAGUGGUAAAUAAUCAUGGUUCGAUUAUUUGUGUGCAGGCAAUGACUAAGUUUUUAGAAGUAAGGCCAAACUUUCCGGGCCCCUUGUUUUGUCAUUUUGGAGGAAAGCCACUUACAAGAUAUCAAUUUUCAGCAGUUUUAGAUAAAGUCAUUGUAGCUAUUGGACUAGAGAGCAAGUAUUACAAGUCUCAUUCUUUUAGGAUAGGGGCUGCAACAACAGCAGCAGACAAGGGUUUUUCAGAUGAAGAAAUUAAAAUAGCUGGCAGAUGGAAAUCAAGUGCCUUCCAGACUUAUAUAAGAUCUCCACUUAGUCGAACAUCUCCAUUAUCAUAA